AAAUCAGCAGUCACAUCAAACAUGCUCAUCGCAAUCACAGUGUAUCAUAAAUUUGUGUCGAAAGCGGUGAUGAGGAAACUCAGCUGCUGAACUACCGAUAGACAUACUAGUGGGAAUCAAGUUGAUUUGAAGACAUUUCGUCGAAAAUGAAGACCUCAUUGUGCUGGGUAGCUCUCAUCCUCUGCAUCUUGCAUUGCGUCCGAUUAAGUGCAGCUCAGGAUCUUCUUCCAAACUGCUCCUAUCCUGCAGUCUAUGCUUUUGGGGACGGGCUCACCGAUGUCGGAAACGCUAUCGCUGCCUUUCCUGAAAAAUUCGCUCACGCGGAGUUGGAUCCCAAUGGCAUCGAGUUUCCCAUGCAUCCAGCUGAUCGAUUCUGCGAUGGAAAAUUGCUCGUCGACUUCCUAGCUUUUGGAGUUCGGAGGCGGCCCAUCUACCCAGUGCUGAGAGGAACUUCUCCAGACUUCAGAUAUGGUACCAACUUCGCGGCGGUCGGCGGUUCGGCAAGGAACGUGACUUUAUACAGCAAGGCCUCUGGACCUUACUACACACCCUUCAGCCUGGAUGUGCAGCUGCAAUGGUUUGAGCGCUACAAAAUUCGACUGUGGUUUUACGAAUACAUGAACCCAGGAAUCGUUGUGCAGCCUCUGCCCACAUUGAACAGCAUAAACCAGUCGUUGUUCCUGGUGUAUGCCGGCUACCAGGACUACUUUUACAGCCUCUACGACAAGACGCUCACUCCUCGUCAGGCGUUGAACAUUGUGGAGGAGGUCGUGGAGUCUAUCGGUACUCUUAUUGAGGGCAUGCUGAAGGUUUCAGUCUACUAUCCUCCUGGCUCUCCAAGUUACGUUAUGCCCGCUGCUAAAGACAUUCUGGUCCUAGGCUUGCCACCUUUGGGCUGCAUUCCUGCCAUGCUCACAAUAUACCAAACACCAGGGGCAAAGUACAACAGCCAUGGCUGUUUGAGCGACCUCAACAAGAUCACCACCAAGCACAAUCGUUUGCUGGGAGAGAAGGUAAUUGCCCUACGGGAGAAGUACCCCGACACACUGAGGCUGCUCUACGGUGAUAUCCACGGUGUCUACACAGACAUACUCAAGAACCCCGAGGCUUACAACAUCACAGAGCCAUUGAAGGCAUGCUGCGGAGUGGGAGGAUCCUACAGCUUCAACAAGGAUGUCACUUGCGGCCACCUCGGCACGGUCGGCAACGAAAUGGUGAACUUGACGGGCACGACGCCGUGCUUCAAUCACAAGGCUCACCUUAGCUGGGACGGCGUCCACACGUCUGACGCCUUCAACAAGGCCGCUGUGACUGCCUUCCUGACCGGCAAGCACAUCUAUCCUGAGGGGGGAUUUCAAUGUUCCCCAGACUUCACAUUCUGGAACGCCAGGAUGUAGACAUCGGCUACUAGCCUCCGCUUUAGCUUAAUCCUUGUGUGCACUACUUAGUUCUCUGCAUUUUGACAGCAAUUACACUAGUUGAUAAGGCAAUCCAGGUUUCUACUCCUCAAGACCUCUUGCGCGGAGAAACCAUCAGCCUGCACUUCCCUCAGACUCAGGUGGUCACAUCCUGUCCAACAGCUAGGUGCAAAGAGGUCCGCACUCUGAUGCUAAACACAAUGCUCUCGUAGCAAAGGGUGGAUUGGAAUAAACCACGACUAAUCUGAUGCUUUUUUAUAAAAAGGGGGACUCCCCGGUGCAAUCGUAUUCACUGUUCA